AUGAUUUUGGGAAGCCAGGACAGUGCCAUCUACCAGAGGCUGGCUCUCACCGUCACUUUCAUCCAAAUGGAACGUAGAAAUGCCCCUUCCAAUUUGACUGGAGGCGCUACAGCCCGAACGCGUGCACAAGCGUUAUGCCGUACACCUGCUUUUACGCUAAUCUGCUGUGUCACUAACAAGUUGUAUCAUUUGAACCUUGCAGAGGAAGGCAUCAAUCAUGAGUGCAAGCUGUGUAACCAGAUGUUUGACUCUCCAGCAAAGCUCCUGUGUCACCUGAUCGAGCACAGCUUCGAGGGGAUGGGAGGCACAUUCAAAUGCCCUGUUUGUUUUACAGUUUUUGUACAGGCAAAUAAAUUGCAGCAACAUAUUUUUGCUGUCCAUGGACAAGAGGACAAAAUUUACGAUUGUUCGCAGUGUCCACAGAAGUUCUUUUUCCAGACCGAACUUCAGAACCACACGUUGAGCCAGCAUGCUCAGUGAGCGUAGCACGACAGGAGACCUCUCUGCGGAGGACUUGACGGAAGCUCAGUGGGGAGGACCAUUUGAACAUUACAUCCAAUCAAAGUGUCAUUUGCAACCCAGAUGUAAAACUCUAAUGAUUUGGCCAUGAGGCGCUGCUAUUAUAAGCAGCUGGAAAUGAAUAUUAAUGGAAGAGAUUAAAAGUAUUCCAUGCGCAGUAUUUUUUAUUGUCCUGCUUGAGCUAAGUGAACUUUAAACCUUCUGCUUCUGAUUGAAUUUAUAGUUGCUAGAUAAAGAAAAAAAAAAAAAAGGAAAAAACCCCCCUCUGCUUUUGACGCGCUUACUCCUUCGUUGCUUCUUGUAUUAUACGGAUAGUUCUAGAUUUAGGAGUGAUUCCCUCAAACCUACCCCUCCUCCCCACUCCUUUUGUUCUUUUUUUUUUUUUUUUGCUUUCCUUUCUUUCUUCCAGUUUGAAAUUUUUAUUUCCCUUCCCUGUUUAACGGCUUUUUUUUUUUCUCCUUUGUUUGUUUCAUUGCAAUUUUUAGGUAAUUGUGCAUCGUGAUGUGACGGCUUGGCUAUUGUCUGAAUAUAUUAUUUUUUACACUAUUUUCUUUUGGUUGGUUGUUUUUUUUUAACAAUUAAAGACUAAAUGCUUUGAUUGGAUUUGCCAGUUCACCGGACAGUGAUUAAUAAAUAAAUAAAUAAAUAAAUAAAAAAUGUAAUAAAUGAAUUUCAUCAGUUUCAGUGCAACUGGAUGAUCUUGCUUUAUCAAUGUGACUGAAUCUGAUUGCAUUAACUAAUACGGUUCAAUAAAGGGAAUACAUUGGA